UUGUGUCAUAUGACAUUUUCAGUGAUUUCUCUCUCUCUCUUUCUCUCUUUAAGGCACUUUUUUAUCACGAUUGUAAAUAACUUAUUGUUUACAACUUUGACAAUUCCAAUGAGAGAGAUUCAGAUCCAGGAGAGAUAAUAUAAAAAGUUUUUAGAUUUAUUUCAAUAUAUAUACGUACAAUGACACGUGUGUGCAUCUGUUGCAAAUAUCGUGUAAUUCAGGCACAUGUUGCGUCAGACAUAUCACUCUACGGGUUACCGAAAAACGACGAAUUGCUGAAGAAAUGGAUGCUAGCGAUCGGCAAAACGGAAAGGAAAAUCUGCGAAUCGUCGCGAAUAUGUUCGCGUCAUUUCAAGGAAGAUGACUUCAGGUACAGUGUAGUCGGAGGCAAGCGUUUUUUAAAACGAGGUGCGAUACCAUCUCUUUAUUUAAAUGAGGAGAGUAAAGAUGAUGGGUUCUCUGACAAUAGAGACAAAAUGAAUACCAUGGAUAACAAAUCGUUAAAUAUCGUGACAUCGCAAGAUGCUAAAAAAGAUAAUCAACUGUCGUAUAACAUUGGAAAGAUGGUACAAACAACUGCUAAAGAUACAUGCGAGAACACCGAAUUUGUUGCUGGUGAAUGCUAUGAAAAAAUACAAAUGCCUGAGAGAAUAUCAGCUUCUUUGCUAGAUUCUUCUUCAAAUGAGUCGGAGAAGAAAUACAAGAAACAUUUAUAUGAUGUUAGAUGGGAGGAGAUUUCUACAUCUGCAGUGCAAGCUAAAAUUUAUUGGGAAGUGGCAAUUAAAAGAAUUAUGCGGCAAAAGGUAAUUCUGAGAAGUUUACGACAAAAAGUCAAAAGAUUAAAAAAGACAAUCCAAGAAUUACGAACUCGUGUCAAAAAGGUAGCUUGUAAUGACUUGCAGUGAACAUGUAUGUUAUAUAUGUAAAAAUUGUAUGAAUGUAAAAGUAUGUUAAUA